AUGUCCCAAGUCAUACGAGACACCGGGCUUGCGAGGCUGGAAGAUGUCUAUAAAUGCAUCAUUCCACCACUGAACAUGGAGAACAAACUGCCACGGGCCGAUGCCAUCAUCGAAUGGGCGCGUGCGAAGGCCAAGCCACACGAGCAGCUGGGCCGUUGGAAGGAGGCCGCGAAUGCAUACUUGUGUGGGUUUUUGAACAGGCAAACACAUUCCCAAGACAAGACGACAUUACCAUCAAGGCCGCUGCUUCUGAGGGCUCUCACCAAUGCGAUCGGGCUAAGGAAAGACCAGCGGUUUGAGGAGGAUGACAUCCACGACCCGGAGGUGUUGGAGAUUGACAAUUCGAAGAAGCUGCAAGAGGGAGUUGUAGAUGACUUCUAA